CUGUGGUACCUCACUGUGCACCCUCUGUAACCAAAUUAGAGAGACACUGAUGCAAAAAUUCCUUAGGAACAAUUUGGGAAGUCUUAAAAGCAGCGAUAUUGUCUCAGUAAGCUAUUACUAUUUUUACAUCUUUGAAGGUAUGAUAGCAUGGAACAAGAACAGAAGAAUCAAGAGUAAGAUAAAGUAAGAGAAAGAGAGAGAGAGGAAGCUCAUCAUGUGUUACAAAUGUUGCUCAUGAAUGUUGGGGGAGGUUAGUCUGUGUUGCAAAUAACACGUUCCCUCAGUCGGGUGUUCAUUUCAAUCUGCAGUACAAUAGCCUCAAGUCUGAACCCUUGGAUGAGGAUCACUUGCCAGAGGAUGAUUUUAUUUUUUUUUUAUACUUCCUUCUUGGGCAGAAGGCUGGUGUAAUAGAAACCAGACACAAGCCAGCAUGUGAGGCAUCCAUCCACUGCGGCGAGACCUCACUUCUUCGCAGAGUAGAAUAGCAGGAUUAGAAAGAGAAUUAUAGUCAAGAAAAGAAAGUUCCAACUUCAGUUUUUUUUAGUUAAUUUGGAUUUUUUUAAAAGAAGGUCUGUUAGGAUGAAAAGUGGAUCAGUCUGUUUAGAAAUAAAGAGUGUGGGAAAAAGAGGACUGCAGAAAUGGGAAUGCAUGUGCAACUUUUUCAGAUUGUAGUUUAAAGCCUGUAGGAGCAACAUGAGCUGGAGCUUCCUUACCCGACUUCUGGAGGAGAUCCACAACCACUCCACAUUUGUGGGGAAAGUGUGGCUCACUGUGCUCAUCAUCUUUCGCAUUGUACUCACAGCCGUAGGAGGAGAGUCCAUCUACUCUGAUGAGCAGACUAAAUUCACCUGCAACACUAAGCAGCCGGGCUGUGACAACGUGUGCUAUGAUGCCUUUGCCCCUCUUUCACAUGUUCGGUUCUGGGUCUUUCAGAUAAUCAUGAUCUCCACUCCCUCUAUCAUGUACAUGGGCUACGCCAUCCACAAGAUAGCACGAUCCUCAGAGGUUGAGCGCAGGAAACACCAAAGACUCCACAAAAGGCCGCCUCAUACAAGAUGGAGAGAAAGUCAACCUCUUGAGGGUGACCUGGAGGAGGAGGAAGAUGAUGAUGCUGAGCCCAUGAUCUAUGAAGAUGCACUUGAGGUUCAUGAUAGCAAAGUGCAGCCUGUUAGCAACACUGGCAAAGAUCCACCCAAACAUGAUGGGCGCAGAAAAAUCCUGCAACAAGGCCUAAUGAGAAUCUACGUUCUCCAGCUAAUGUCCAGAGCUAUUUUUGAAAUUGCUUUCCUGGCGGGACAGUAUCUCCUAUAUGGAUUUCGAGUGAAUCCUUCCUACGUGUGCAACAGGAUACCUUGUCCACACAGAGUGGAUUGUUUUAUCUCCAGACCUACAGAGAAAACAAUCUUCCUCCUCAUUAUGUAUGUGGUGAGCUGUCUUUGUCUCGUGCUGAAUGUCUGUGAGAUGCUUCACUUGGGAAUCGGCACAUUUCGGGACACUCUUCACAUGAAGAGAAACCGUGGUCGACGUCCCGGGUCCUAUGGCUAUCCGUUUUCACGCAACAUCACAGCCUCGCCACCUGGGUACAACCUUGUAAUGAAAACAGACAAACCCAGCAGGAUUCCCAACAGCCUUAUCCCCCAUGAGCAAAACAUGGCCAACGUAGCCCAGGAGCAGCAGUGCACCAGCCCGGACGAGAACAUCCCCUCCGACCUUGCAAGCCUGCAUCGGCACCUAAGAGUUGCACAGGAGCAGCUGGAUAUGGCCUUUCAAACCUAUCAGAUCAAAAACACACAGCAGACCUCCAGAACAAGCAGCCCUGUUUCUGGGGGAACUGUGGCAGAACAAAAUCGAGUCAAUACUGUCCAAGAGAAGCAAGGAGCAAGACCAAGAUCAGCUACAGACAAGGCUACGACCAUCGUAAAAAAUGUAAAGACCUCUGUAUGGAUAUAAAGAUUCAACUAUUAUAGGAAACUGACAUUAAACUAAUAAACUACAAAACUGUAAUAAAGGAUGAAGAGAUUUAACUAUGGACAGCAGGAUCUAGGGGCACUAAUGCUCUAGUCUCUGAAAACACAAAAAGCAGAAAACACAGAGAUCAAACUCAAAAUAAUGAAUCAUUUCAUAGGAGUAGAUGUUGAUUAUAGUUAACAAAAUAUACCUGCUUAGCUUAGCAUCUUUAAUUCCAGCUAAACUUCAUGACACACAUGGUCUCCAAUGAAAACUGACUGAUUUAUGUGGAGAAACAAAGCUUUAAAUGUUAGCUAUCGUAGUGAAAAACGGACAGUAAAGCACUUAAAUAGCACUUUUUUUUGUUUUUACAUAGACUAUUAUCAAUCUAAAGAUAUGUGUUUUACAUUAAGAUACAUACUUUUUGGAGGUAGAAGCAAUGUAAUAACAAUUUCUUCAAUUGUGACGAGAAGCGGUAAAGACUUUUUUUAGGAAACAUUUGCACAGUGUUGAUCUUCAGUCAUUCGUGCAAAGCCCUGAUCUCUGUGUUACAGUUUUCCAAAAGGGUUAUGUAAAAUAAAACAGAAAAUAAAUACAUAUUGUAACAACUUUCUUUACUAAAUACCAAUAUCCUGUGAGAAGACUAUCCAUUAUUUAUAGCUGGGAACUUGAACAGGUACAGUCAUAUUUCUGACAGAAAUCCAAUCACUGAUCAUUCAUUAAACUCUUACCUUAAAUUCAGUUGGAUUUAUAUUUUCAAUUUAUCUCUGCUACUGAAAUGUUUGAGCAAUAUGGAAUCCUGCCUUCACUGCUUUCAAUUUUCAAAGUGCCUCCAAUUCUUAAAGUCUGUUUUCGUAUUAAUUUGGUUAAUUAAUUAAAUUGAAAUCUCAAAACAUCCUGAUGUCUAGUAGCUCAGUAUGCUUCAGUGACUUAUUGCCCAAACAAGGGCAUGUCUCUAGGAACACAAGCUCUCCAAUCUAAACUUAGAAACUCUAAGUAAGUUGGCCUCUUGAAGUCCAAAACUAUUUAUCUGUUCAAAAAUACCAGAAUCCGUUAAUAAAGCAAUUUCUUGAAGUCAUUAAAAACUGAUUUCAACAAUCGCAAACAUUCAAAAUUACUACAGCUUAAAGUGAUAAACUGCUGAUAUUAUGACAUAUUGCACCUAUACAUUUAGAAGAAUAUACAUUUAUUUAGAAAUUGGAUCGACUCAGCAUACUUUCCAUAAAAUUAAAUUGAUCCACCCAUCAAAUGCCAAAAGACUUGCUUUGGUUUAUAGUCAGGCAGACAUUAAAAGUGUGUCUUUAUUCAUUCAUCAGAAAAAGAGAUCAUGAUAAACAAAGGAACUGAAGAUAUUGGGUUUGCUAAAUUAUAGUAUUCACAUAAGAAAUAUAUUGUACAAUUAGACACUUUUCUGUUUUUAUUUUUUUUUUACAAAUAAAACCUGAAAAGUGUGGCAUGCCUUUAGGUUUCCUAUCCCGGCUUAAUACUUUUUCCAAAGAGUUUUUAUACCCACUUACAGGAAACAAUUUUUCAGGCUAUUUCUCAACAAUUUUAAAACAUAAAGAGCCUUUCUUUAAACAACUAUUGCUUA